UUAACACGCAAGGUGCUGGGAGGAGUUACUGAACCUUGUAGUGCGAGGAACCUGAGUUGGCAACACAGUAAAAGACCGUCCUUUUUUUUCCCUUCUGAGUGACUCGAGAAUUUUUGUGUGAUGUUUUUCAAUACUAUCCAUUUGAGCCUGAGAGUUUAACUUCCUCGUACUGUAAGGUCCAAUUAAACUUCCCCGGCUGCUCCAGCAUGAUGUCGUCGUCGUCGUCUUCAAUGUUGUUGAAACAAAAAUAUUACAAAAAGCAGCCGAAGAAGCGAAAUGCCAAUCAUAAAAUACUUUUGUCCAUGAAAAUGGCCAAUGGAGUAGAUGGCCCUAUAGGUAUCCCAUUCCCUGAUCACAGCAGUGACAUUCUCAGUAGUCUUAAUGAGCAGAGGAACUAUGGUUAUCUCUGUGACGUUAUCAUCAUAGUGGACGGGCAGGAAUUUCGGACCCAUCGAUCUGUCCUCGCAGCCUGCAGUCAAUACUUCAAAAAGCUCUUCACAUUGGGGGCCAUUGUGGACCAACAGAAUGUUUAUGAAAUAGACUUUGUCACAGCAGAAGCUCUCUCGGCAUUGCUGGAGUUUGCGUACACGGCAACCCUGACUAUAAGCACUUCAAACGUAAAUGAGAUUUUAAAUGCAGCGAGGCUGCUGGAAAUCCAAUGUGUGAGCAAUGUCUGCCAUGAUCUCCUUGUAUCAAACGCCCUGGCCAGCAAGGAGAUAGCAGAUUAUGUAGAUCAAAUUGAUCAGAGAAACCUCCUGAGAGCAAAAGAAUAUCUAGAGUACUUCCAAAGCCCUCCAGCCAAUGGCCACAUGGACAACCAAUGGCCAGGUCUUGAACUGAAAGACCUCCCAAGAGCGCACUUUAAAAACGGAGUUAGUGAAGAGCUGGCACAGAAGGCACAAGAGGUCUAUCCAGAAAUGGCUACAAACGACCAGCCGGUCCAAACGGUGGACAAAUCCUUGCUGUGGAUCAAGAGGGAGGAUGUCACUGGCCCUUCGUUUUCCCCCUCGCAGAAUGGAGACUAUCCUGAUGUCAGUCUCCAUGAAGAAGAAGGGCUACUGGAACAUCAAGAGUUGGCUAUGCAUCCAAACUUUACCCCACCUGAAGAGAUGAAACUGGAGCUAAACAAGGAAGAAGUGGAUUCCAUUUCAUCUCGAGCCUUCCUGGAACGGAUUAUAAACUCAGUCGACGAGUCCUAUGACAAGAACUUGGUGAAAGAAGAGAAUGAUCUCGAUUCAUACUUGAAUUUCUUCACCCCAUCCUUUGACGGUGAAGGCUACCCUUCCUGGUCCAAAAAAAGUGAGAAAAAAGUGAGGGCAAAAGCAUUCCAGAAGUGUCCGAUCUGUGAGAAGGUGAUUCAGGGAGCAGGAAAACUGCCACGUCACAUCAGGACUCACACGGGCGAAAAACCAUAUGAGUGUAACAUCUGCAAUGUCCGCUUUACAAGACAGGACAAGUUAAAAGUUCAUAUGAGGAAACAUACAGGAGAGAAGCCCUACUUGUGUAUGGAGUGUGGAGCUGCAUUUGCGCACAAUUAUGACCUGAAGAAUCACAUGCGUGCCCAUACGGGCCUCCGCCCCUACCAGUGCGAUUCCUGCUUCAAGACCUUCGUCCGUUCGGACCACCUGCACAGGCACCUUAAAAAAGAGGGCUGCAAUGGCACCCCCUCCGCGAGGGGGCGCAAGCCGCGGGUGAGGGACACCAGCAGCCUUGCAGCAGAGGGGUCAAAUGAUCCUGGCUGUGGAGAGGGCAUCGGGGAGGAGGCGGUCAGCCUGAACAUGGAGUUGGAAGAAAACAGCAACCAACAGCACUUUGAAGAUCGACCGGAAGAAGAUUGCUCUAAGAUUUUGGAGAGUGAAGAGCUCCCUGAGAGGCUGAAUGUAGAUGAGGAUUUGAUUGAGGAUAACAAAAGCCAAUUGUGUGAAAGCUAAACCAAAUCAUGGUAAC